UGUUCCUGAAGCCGAAGCCGAAUGGGAAGGAGUUAGUUGCACUGAAUCAUUGAAAUGUUUCUGUCCACUUCCGUAUUUUACGGUAUAACAGAACUUCCGUGUUGUCUAGCCUGCUAAAUAGAGGACCUGGCCGAAAAGCGCACCCGCCAUGCCGUCAAUUCCAGAGGAUUUAAUAGCCCUAAUUUCAGAUUUGGAGUCUUUCCUGUCUGAUGGUCUGAAAGGGGAGAGUUUAAGCAAGAAGGUGAAAGAAAAGAGAGAGGCAUUUAUCAAAAGGAUUAAAGAGGUCAAGUCAAGUUACCCCUAUGACUUCAAGGAGAAGCGAGACACCGAGGAUUCAGAUGAAGUAGAUGAAGGGGACAGUAACAAUGAUGGGGGCUCACUACAUUCAGAGCGGACAGACAAGGACGAGGAUGGUGCUUACGACGGUGUUCAGCAGUCACCACCCAUACCUGCCCAGGAGCUUCCGUCUGUCUUCAAGGCUGGAUACCUGGAGAAGCGCAGGAAAGACCACAGCUUCUUUGGGACAGAGUGGCAGAAGAGAUGGUGUGCCCUUAGCAACCGCACAUUCUACUACUACGGGAGUGAAAAAGAUAAGCAGCAGAAAGGGGAGUUUUGCAUUGAUGGGUACAAUGUCAGAAUGAACAACACGCUGCGCAGAGAUAGCAAGAAAGAUUGCUGCUUCGAAAUCUCUGCUCCCGACAAGCGCGUAUAUCAGUUCACUGCCGCCUCUCAGAAGGAUGCGGAGGAGUGGGUGGAGCAGCUCCGUUUUGUGUUGAGAGACAUGGAGUCUGGGAUUAUCCCUGAGGACAUGGACGAGCAGGAGAUGUAUGAUGACAUUGGUGUUCCUGAGCAGCGUGUGUCUGCCCCGCCCCCGACCUCGGCCCCCGCCCCCGCCUCUACCCACUCGGAUGCCAUUGAUGAGGACAUCUACGAGGAGCUCCCAGAGGAAGACCUGCCUAAUCCUCCAAAGACAACAUCGGAGGCACUGAGCAAACCCCCCUCUCCCGCCGUGACAGUGAAUAAGAGCACAGACUAUAAGAGCUACUACCAGGGCAUGUGGGACUGCACUGGAGACCAUCCUGAUGAGCUGUCCUUCAAACGCGGAGAUUCCAUCUACAUACUGAGCAAGGAAUACCAGAAUUUUGGCUGGUGGGUUGGCGAGAUGAACGGUUCCAUCGGCAUUGUGCCCAAAGAUUACCUCAUGGAGAUGUAUGCUAUUUAGGAGGCAUGAGGGACAUCUAAAUCCCUUCCCCUCUACAGAGCUGCUGGGGAAAGGGAUUUGGAGACGGUGAUGGUACUUUGUAUUCCGAGUAAAGGAUGAGUUUGGUUUCAGCCAGUGUUUUCGUGCCUUAGCUUCUGUCCUGCAACUAACAAGUAGCAAAAAAGCCUAAUGCAUGUGAAUUUCUCUAAAGCUGUGCAAAAUGUUUUUUUAAAUAAACUCUCGUUUAUGUGUGUCAAUGUGAAGUAUUUCAUUUAGACAAAAAAUUAAAUUUGUCAGGUAUUUUCAAGGUAA